AUGCAAGAGGUAACCUCAGUUCUCCAAUCGUGUCAAUCCACAAGGCCAGCGCCAUCCAAAAGCCUGCCAGCAGCCCAACCCACAAGCCAGCCACCAAAGGCCACUUUGACAUCCACCUUGCCGUCCCCCUUGCCAUCCACCAGCAGUCAGCCACCAAAACAAGUGUUUCAAACGAAACUCCAGCUUCCAACAGCAACGACCACCGGCCAAGACAUUCAUACAGCUCCACCAACUGAAGACACCUCUAUGACCCCAACAUCUGAUGAGACAGUAACCCCAUUGUAUCCAGGAGGGAUACCCCUUUUGACUGAGCAGGACAGGAGAGCGGCUCUCGCCAAGGGUAAAUGUAAGGAGACACUGCUGCUAGUUACCAGCUUGACAAGCUUGUCCGCAAGCUUGCUGCAAGCUAGUAACCAAAAAUCUGAUUUAGGGCAAGCUCCCCGGCAAGCUCCCUGGCAAGCUUGCUGGCAAGCUCACAACAAGCUUGCCGGUGAGCUUGCAGCAAGCUCCCCGUCAAGAGCAACACGCAGUAAGAACUCUUCAAAUGAUGCCUUUGAAGCUCUUGUUUCCUGUGACCCUCCGCGUGGGUUCAUCAUUAGAAAGUCACAAGGCAAAGGUUUAGGAGUAUUUGCUACUGAAACACUUUCACCUGGACAACCACUUUACGUGUAUGGUGGAAAGCUCAUCACCAAUAAGGAGGCUGAACAACUUGAAAAUGAAAAGGAAAGUGUAUUCAGAUACUUCUUUUCGUUUAAAGGAGAGAAACUGUGGUACGUACUUUCUUUAAAAACCAUCACAUUUGCGCUUUGGAAGACUAACAAAUCAUGGCAGAGGCAGAGAACAAAAUGCCCGGAUGAAAGUAUUGGAUUUCAACAGAGUUCCGACCCUGUGUUUGUUCUCUGUAAAAAGAUCCAAAAGCAUGAAGAAGUCUUGUAUGAUUAUGGAAUAAGAAAUCUACCCUGGCUUCAUAAGACAGGAUCAACAGCUAGUACAAAGACUAAGAAGACAAGAAGUAACCCAAAGAGAAGGAAAAGGCAAAAGGUGGAUAGUUCAGUUCAUGUUGUUUAUAAGAGUUCUUCAUCUGGUUAUAGAGGAAGUUCUACAUCUGGUGUUCGAGGCGUUUCUACACCUGGUGUUUCUGGCAGUUCUGAAUCUGAUAAUGAAGGCAGUCCUACAUCUGGUGUACAAGGCAGUUCUUCAUCUGGUUAUGGUGGCAGUUCUACAUGUGAUGUUUCUGGCAGUCCUAAAUCUGAUAAUGGAGAAAGUUCUACAUCUGGUGUUCGAGGCAGUUCUUCACCCAGUAAUGGAGGAAAUUCUACAUCUGGUUUGUAUGGGAGUUCUUCCGCUGAUAAUGGAGGAGGUUCUACAUCUUGUGUGUGUGGGAGUUUGUCAGCUGAUAGUGGAGAAAGAUCUACAUCUGGUGUUCGAGGCAGUUCUUCACCCAGUAAUGGAGGAAAUUCUACAUCUGGUUUGUAUGGGAGUUUUUCAGCUGAUAAUGGAGAAAGUUCUACAUCUGUUGUGUGUGGGAGUUUGUCACCCGAUAUUGGAGGAAGUUCUACAUCUGGUGUGUGUGUGUGAGUUCGUCACCCGAUAUUGGAGGAAGUUCUACAUCUGGUGUGUACAGGAGUUCUUUAGCUGAUAAUGGAGGAAGUUCUACAUCUGGUGUGUGUGGGAGUUCGUCACCCGACUUUUUAGCAGUUCAUCAUCUGACAGAGAGAGUUCGUCUGCUGAUACAAAUGAUUCAGUGGUUUAUGUUCAAGGGGGCUUUUCAUGUGAUGAUGUUGGUAAUGCAGCUGUGCGCCAUUGACCCCCAACCCCAAUGCGAAGACAUGGUCAAACUGUCCAGAUACUACGCUGACUCAGCGCUUACCCGUAACUACAAGCGAGGAAUAACAACCUUGUUGACAGGGAACAAGCGCCAAGAAAAGGCGCUCAUAGAAUAUUUAUCUUGCCAAAUGUGAAAGGCCCUUUAGCGAUUUUCCCUGUCUGCUUAGUUUGCAGGAUAUGAAUUAUAAUGACACCUUGGGAAACCAUUACGCCAGCGAUAAACAGGCAAAGGCAUUCAUUUCGUAUAUUGCUGAAGAGAACAGAAAUGACACUUCUUUGUUGUUGAAAAAAAAAAAAAUUCAUAAGUGUCAUAUGUGAUGGCUCAACAGAUAAGGGGAUACUCGUGGAGGAGAUUGUGUUUGUCAGGCUCAUGAACCAUGAGUGUGUACCUGAGA